AUGUGUUCGCCCGACGCUCACAGAUCUCGCGCCGGCCCCCCGGUGCGGGCUUUUAUUUUCCCGACGAAGGAAGAUCGCCGGAGCUGGAGGAUGGACGUGUCACUUCGUGUGCACGGGCUGCGUGCGAGAACUGCUGCUACGGCCCACUCACUUGUUGCAACCUCAAUAGCUACUAUGGAGGCUCCUGGAGCCUGUCUUGUAUCUCUAUGAUGACAUGAGAAACAGAAACCUAGAGAGUUUUUCGUUUUCGCAGAAUAAGGCGGUUUAUUUCGGGGGCGUUCCAGAACUUGUAAUGCGCAUUUCUGUCGUGGUCGGGAACGGGAAAGGGAUUGGGCAGAUUAAGUAUGCAACUGAUCCAUGACCGUGACAAUUCUUUGUUUCAGUAGUAGCAGUUGAGCUUGUAAGAUGUAUGGGCACUAUAACAGCUGCCACGGCGAUCAUGUAUUACUUUAUUUUCAUCGCCACCGGUCUCGACCUCGCGUUUUCCCGAUUAUUUGCCGUGCCGGCCGCGACUGAAAGCGCAGUCGUGUACGCCGCUGCUGCGGGCGGGCAGGGACAGCACGCUGUGAAACGUGCCAGGGAAAAAAACGGAACCAGUACUAUCGGGGGGAAAAAAUCGAACGCCGGGCGUCCAUCUUCGACAAGUGACAUGGAAGAUGAAGAUGCAGCACGAACGGGCACCAUGUCAGGAGACGCAAAAGCCUUCGCGGGUAUGCGGACGGAGGGAGAGGAAGAUUUAUCGGCAGACAUGGACGACGUGGACGUUUUCAUACCAUGGGAGAAGCAGGCCUCGGUCGCAAGCAGUUCUUGCAGCACUAUGCUUCCGGGCUCGGUUGCUUGGUCUCGCCAGACCACACCGGGCGAGGCUGGUUCUUUUUGGUGUAAUACCACGCGGCCGGGCGAGGAGAACGAGGCUGGGUCAUCUCCAUCUGGAUCUGGGUCAUCUGCUGCCUGUGUCGGAGGUCCGGGUCAGAGCGGAGCGGCCUCUUCGAGCGGGGGCUUCCUGAGUCCUGCUGGAACGACCGCGAACCCCGCCUGCCCGCAACGAGAAUCGACAAGCAAGUUCUCGGUCGGGGACUUGGCGUCCACUGCACCCGAAGGAACUGACGACACCCCGAUGUCGCCGGACCCGGACGAGCAGACACGAGACAACAUGUGGUCCGGGCAGCCAGGGGACAACGUGUCGGCGGUGGAGUCGCAAGGAGUCAUUGCUCCGCCCACCGUCUACUCCGAUGGUCCUCGUCCUGAAGACGUUGGUCUGGUGUCCGCAAAUCCGGAAGAUAACUCCGUGACGCCCGCGUCUACUUUGUCCCUCGACCUGUCCCGCGAAACCGCAAUCCGGCUGCUGAGCAGAGGAGGCCCUUAUCAUGUGCAGCUCUCCGGUCCCUCUGCUCGACAACAGGAGUUUCUCGCUUCGUCGACGCCAAUGCAUCCUCCCAUCCGGCAACAUCACCGGCGGGAGCAGGGCGAGUCCUUGCUGGCGGUGUUGCAGCGCACUGCGAUCAGGAACCAGCCGAUCGUCGAGGCUCCGGGCGUAGCCGAUGCGCUUUUCGCGGGCGAGGCAUUGUACUCACCCUGGCAGAGAACCACAGACGCAGCCGAAAAUGACGUCCAGGAAUCGAUCGCUGCUAGCUUGGACCAGCUUUCGAUUUCUGCCCUGAGUGAUAAUGAUAUCAACACGGGGCCCCCGCGAGCUCCUGCCGACAGUGAUAUGGCCGGGGACGGCGAGGGCGGCAUUUUUCUCGGCCGGAACUCCGUGUGGAUUCCGCUUCAGGCGUCCGCCACCGUUGGUGGACAUUCGCGGGGUGCCGUGAUGGACCCGGCCGCAAGGGACGGGCAACAGCACGGGGCGCGCGAGUUGAGUCCUACCUUCCCGGCGCAGCGAAGAAGCACAACUACCAGGAGCGCCCGCAUGGUUUCAUCUUGCGGUGGCGAGAUGGAAGUGGAAGACGGGUUGCAAAAACUGCAUCAGACGUCUCGGACUCCGGAUCAGGACCGUCAGCAUUCCGCCCUGCUAUCCCAGGGGCUGCGAGGACGGGAGCGGCGGCGGGAGGGAAAAGGGGAACAACAUAUUUCAUGUGUAAGAACGUCCCCACGACCGCGAGCGCGACCCCAGAUUCAAAGUGUAAAUGGAAACUUCGCAACAGAAAGGAGCCUGAAGUUUUGGAAGUCACGCAUGACAGUUUUCUGUCUUCAGAGGUUAGAUAGUCGCGCAGCCGCACAAGAACUGCUCGAUAUUACCUUUUUAUCCUGGUGAUAGCAUGACAAAUAAUCCCAAAUAAACAGCACGACAAGCCGCCUUUCAUGUUGUGGCUGCGCAUGAGAAGAAUUUUAGGCAUGCAAACUUUAACCUGCUCCAGUGGCAUGACAGCUCUGGUGGGGUGGGAACUUAGUUUUUCUACAGAAUAGAAUCAGAUCGACGGGGGUCUACGAGCCCCUCGGGCUCCUCCUGGAACGGGCACUUGACGGACUUGUCGGAUCAGAGCGACUGGGAAACGGACACGCGGUGCAGUGCUGGGCAAGAUGAAACGAAGAGGAACCAGUUGGAUCGCAAAGAACCCUUCAUGGCUGGUGUAGCUCCUCCGGGCGGUGGACCAGCUGGCCUUGCCUCUUUUUGGUCCAUGCCCGGACGAGCCAUUCCACUGCCAGACCAGGAUCCCCCGCGUGAGGGAGACGGACAAGGGGAGGCGCAAUUCGCGCCGCGUCAGCAGGAAGGAAUGGGCGGCACAAGUAGCACCAGUAGCAUUUUUCCAGCCGGGCUCGGGCUGUAUCUGCAUCUUCGGCUGGGCGGCGCGGGGGCUACGCGCAGUGGCCGUUAUGGCAGUGCCGGAUCUUCGUUUGGAAACCAGGAGCGGGGCUCCUCUCCCACGGGUGCCUUUUCAGCGCGGAGCUCCAGUUCGAACAGCAGCCACUCGGGUGAGCAGGAAGGUAGAUUUUUGGUGAAACGACUUACAAAUGUCUACAUUGAUUUUUAAAGAAUGGAGUACUGUACAGUAGGAGUACUGCACUGGUGUCUCAAACCUCAACUAGUACAAAGAGAUCAACAGGAGACGACUUUUGGUGACACCAAGAUUAUUAUAUACCCUUCCACCGAAGGUCAUUUGCUGCAGGCGAGCAGUUCCGAACUCCAGGAGGGCCGUAUGCGCGUGCCCACUUACGAUUCUUUGCCCGACGAGUAUGGCAGCGUAAGGCUCGUCGGAAUCGACAGGGUUGGAAUGAUUUGCAACGCCUAAAGUCGACGGACAGGAAGUCAGGAAUUUUUUCAUGCGCCGACUGGGAACUGUUGACACCUGAAGCUGCAGAUCUGGGCUGACGCUGUUUGGGGCAAAGGAGUUAGUUUCCUUCUGUCAUGUUUUUCACCAGCACCCCAAGUUUAUUUCUUUUAGCAGAGCUCAAAUCCGCUCCCGCUGCAAUAGUCCCUUUUUUUGCGUCCUCGCAGUUCCAGUUUAUGCAUUGGAUAAUUUAUUUCAACUUUGUCAAAGUCAAACCCUGACACUGCUAUACAACCGAGGCCCUUACUGACGUGGGCCGGGAACAGCUCAGGGUCAUGGUGCAGGGAGACAGCAACAACGCGGCAAACUUUCCGGGGUUACGCGCCGGACCGGAACAAGCGGAACCUCCUGCGGCGACGCCAGCGCCCCGUCUUCCUACUCCGUGGCCGACGAACCAGAUGCCCCAGCAGCAGCUCUAUCGCUGGGCCGUCCCGCCAAACUUCUUCGAGUUUGGCAUUGGCGGCUGA